AUGCCCGAGCUGGCGGUGAGCGCGCUGCUGGCGCCGUCCCGCCUGUCGCUGCGCCUGCUGCGCGCCCUGCUCUGGAGCGUCGUGUUCUCGGCGGCGCUGGCGGCCGCCGCCGUCUACGGCUGCGUGGCCCUGGCGCACGUGCUCUGCCGGCCCCGGAGAGGAUGCUGCGGCCGACCCCGACGCGCAGCCCCGGCCUGCCUGCACGACCCGGAGCUGGGCCAGCACUGCUUCCUGACGCUGAGGAGCUCCGGGCUGCGCCUGCACUACGUGUCAGCAGGCCGCGGGAACGGGCCGCUCCUGCUCUUCCUGCACGGCUUCCCUGAGAACUGGUUCUCCUGGCGCUACCAGCUCCGGGAGUUCCAGAGCCGCUUCCACGUGGUGGCCGUGGACCUGCGCGGCUAUGGUCCCUCGGACGCGCCCAGGGAAGUGGAUUGCUACACCAUGGACCUGCUGAUGACUGACAUCCGGGACAUCAUUCAGGGUUUAGGUUAUUCCAAAUGCAUCCUGGUGGGUCACGACUGGGGUUCCCUCCUGGCUUGGAAUUUUUCCAUCUACUUCCCGUCCCUGGUCGAGAGGAUGGUGGUGGUCAGCGCGGCGCCCAUGUCAGUGUACCAAGACUACGCCAUCCGUCACAUCAGCCAGCUCUUCCGAUCCAAUUAUGUCUUCCUGUUCCAGCUGCCCUGGCUGCCCGAGAAGCUGCUGUCCAUGUCUGAUUUCCAGAUUUUAAAGACCACCCUCGCGCACCGCAAGACGGGCAUCCCCCACUUGACCCCGCACGAGCUCGAGGCCUUCCUUUAUCACUUCUCACAGCCUGGCGGGCUCACGGGGCCCAUCAACUACUACCGCAACCUCUUCCGAAACUUCCCCCUGGAGCCCCAGGAGCUGGCCAUGCGCACCCUCCUUCUGUGGGGGGAGAAGGACCCCUAUUUUGACCUGGGACUCGUGGGAGCCAUCAGCAGCCGCUUUGUGCCAGGUCGACUGGAGACCUGCAUCCUGCCCGGAGCGGGGCACUGGAUCCCCCAAAGUCACCCGCAGGAGAUGAACCAACGCAUGUGGGCCUUCUUACAGGAUCUGCUGGACUAGGGGGUGCCUAGGAGCGUGAGUGGUCACGUGCCUCGGUGGGGGCAGAGCGGACGCAGCGGCCCAGGCACGCCAGCCUCUCUCUGUGCUUCUGCCGGGGCCUGGGAACAGGCAUUCAGAUCUGGCCAAGCACGGAUGCCAGGGCCCAGUCUCCCACCGCCCUCCCUGUCCCCCCAACUCCUGUCGAGGUCCACUCCACUGCCUGCCAGAGUGGAACCCCCCCUCCUGGUGCUCAGGCCCCAAGCCUUUCCCUUCCCUCCACGCUUGUGAAAUAGUUCUGGUUUAUAUCCGGGUAACUCGGACUGACAUGCGGAUGAAUUAAAAUGAAAACCAAUUCUGAAGACACCACCAUGCGCUUCCGUCACCCUGGUCGGGUCACGCAGCUGUCAAGGGGCACGUUUGGGUGCCCCUUCUCUGACCACCGACGAGGUUAUGCCCGGUUUAAGGGUGGCGGUGGGGUAGAGCUGGGGCAGCAGUUACAACACGGCUUGGGAUGCCCUCGUCCCAUCUCACAGU